AGAUGUUCAGUUAAAAAAUGUUUAAAUAUUUAUUCUGUGUUUUGUUUGUCUAUACAGGAUACCUCAUUUUUCCAGGGUCCAGUAUAAAGUGCUGGGUAUGUAGAUCGGAUGGGGAUCCAAAGUGCGCUGAUCCAUUCGAUAAUACUUCAUUUCCUAUAACAGAUUGCAGACAUGAAAAAGAACGUGAUCACCUCCCCGGCCUUGUUGCCACAAUGUGUAGGAAAGUCAGACAAAAAGUGAAUGGAGAAUGGAGAUAUAUAAGAUCCUGUGCCUGGUUGGGGGAACCAGGGGUCGGGAAUGAUGAAAGAUAUUGUAUUCAUCGAUCGGGAACUUACAAUAUUCAUGUGGAAUAUUGUACUUGUAGGAAAAAGGACGGAUGUAACCCAGCCACUAGGUUUACGAUAAACUGGUCUAUACUCAUUACAAUGCUAGCACUCUCAGGUCUCUACCAAAAGUUUAUAUUACCAAGAUGACCUAACUAAGUGAAGAAAAAAUUAAGUUCAAAAAAAUACUUCCCAUCCACCAUCCUUAAAUCUCCUACGAAUAUUAUCAAAAAUAUAAUUUAACAAUAGAAAAAUAAUUUAGAUACAGAAAAACUUUUAGUCUAAAGUUAUUUACGUUUUUAUAUUCCAAUCUUGGUUAUUGUAAAAUUGUUGUAGCUUUGUUAAAAAAAGGAAUACAAGUUUUUUACUUAUGUAGCAUGAACAUCUAUAGUACAUUGUACAUGUAUUUUUGUAAUUAGAUCAAUAUACUGUACAAUCUCUGCCAAUAGUUUGUAAUUAAAAGAGAAUGCAGGCAAACUGUAAUCUAUGUACUGUACAUAAAGGUCGGUGCAUACACUGUAAAGUGUUGUAGUGCAGCAUACACUAAACAACAAAUCUUGUGAUUUUUAAUCUUUGUCUUCAGUGAUUACGAGCUAAAUUAGAAUAUUUCCCGCACAUGAAUCAAAAGAUAAAAAAGGACACUGAAAAAGCAAGACAAAAGCAAUGUAAAAAGAUUACAAUUGAUCAUGAUGUAACUCACUUUGAGACUUUGAGACCAGUCGAUAUUCAUGAGAUGAUGAGUUUUGUUUCAUGCAUUAUAUAUGAUGUAAACAUCAACUAUGUAAUAAGCAAAAUAAAGUAAAUAAAUAUUACUGAAAAAUA